AUGGGCGCAUGUGCUUCUAAAGCAGUAAAAUGUAAUGAAAAAUGGAUAGAUGAAAUUCCUUUUGAUGAAUCAACCACUCCUUAUAGAUAUAUAAAUGGUAGAAGAUUUCAUAUGGAUGAAACGAUUAAAUAUAUUUUCCCUAAUGAUGAAGAAGGAAUUGAAAAAUUAGAAUUACAAUAUUAUUUACUUAAAGAGUAUUGGAGAACCUGUUAUACUUCUCCCAUAACUCCUAUAUUAUCCGCUGGCGGUGGUCGUGUUCUAGACAUUGGUUGCGGUACUGGAUCAUGGAUAAUGGACCUAGCGGCCGAAUAUAAAGCAACAAUAUUUAUUGGACUAGACAUAUCCCCCGUGUUUCCACAACACGUCAAACCUAGAAACGCUUCGUUUGUACAAUAUAACAUUCUUAAUGAACUACCUUUUCCUGAUGAUACCUUUGAUUAUGUGCAUCAAUCACUUUUAUCCACAUCAUUCACGGCAUCGCAAUGGCAGGAUGUAUUAUUAGAAAUCGUGAGAGUAACGAAACCCGGUGGAUGGAUAGAAUUCCUAGAAUAUGAUUAUGUUCUACAUAACGAGGGCCCAAUUAUAAAGCGAUUAAAUGCUGGAAUUACUUCAUUUUUCUUAUCGCAAGGUUUAAUUCCGAAUAUCAGCAAGCAUCUUCCGGAACUUAUGCGAUCAAAUGAUCAAUUAAUGGACGUUCGUUGUGAGAAAAGGUCGGUUCCACUUGGAGGUUGGGGUGGAAGUUUGGGUUCGGUGUCACUUGAAGUUUUUGUCAUAGAAUUAUCAGCACUUCGAGAUAAUUUGCAGCCGGUAAUGGGUUUAAACGAUCAACAUUACGAUGCAUUAAUCGAGGGUUUUGUUUCGGAGGCUAAUAAAUAUAAAUCCUACAUAAACACUUUUCGGUUUUACGUCCAAAAAGUGAUGUAA